AUGCCGGAUGGCAAUAACCUUCACUCCCAGAUGCAGGACACUCAACUUCCAUUUGGGACACAAAUCCCACAACCCUCGCGUCCGCGUACAAGCGAAGAUGAGCCACAAUUCUUAGGAGUGAACCGGCUGGAGCCAGUAAUGGCUGGGAAUACGCAACGAACAGAAAUACGACCAGGAGCUGCGUAUACCGACUAUGAGAAGAGGAUGAAACUAUUGAGCCUUGUCAGAGGUUAUCAGAUGUCAAGCGCUAGCACAAGUGCCACGUCUUCCGCGCCAGGUUUUGUACAGUAUGCUUUUAGUAAGCCGCAAAGAACUGCUCCGCCAACCACAGAUGAAUCUCCCACACCGCCGUCAGAUCCAUCGCAUCGACAGUCAACGCAGCCCGAAGCAGAAGUUGAGAAAGGAGAGGCUGCAUCAUCUAUACCGAACCAUGGAAAGGAGAGGGUCAAAAAGGUUAGGUAUAUCUCGCCUGAGGUUAAGAAAGCUGCCGAAGAUACUCAAGUCGAAGAGCACGAUAUUCAACAAAGUCUUAUUGAGGGCAACAGUGAUAAACCACCUGAGUGCUCUUGGAUGCAAGGGUUUGUCUUCAAUAGCGAGACGUUGAAGGUACCGAGAACUCAGGCGGACAUUCUGGGCAGAGAAGCUAGUUGGCUGAAACCUCCACCUGGGGUGCCGCCUUUCCAAGAUGGAAAUAUGCCAGCCUCAAUACUCAAGAAUAUUCACCUGAUGGCUGAUGAGAGAGCUGGUACUGAUAUCGAUGACGACUCAGACAUAGAUCCGUCGCCAGAGAGCCUUGAUCCAUCGCCCGAAUCUCGGCUUCAAAAGACGCAAGAUGAUGAACCCGUGACUACGCAGGAAGACGAAGAAACAGCUAGCGAGAUGUCUUGGGAACAAACUCCAGACCCACCCGAACGACCAACAGGAGCUCCUCAGGGACUUCCUCCUGACUCAAGUAUCGAGAAGCAAGCAUCGCAUUCGGAGCACGAAUCUCCAUCGCAGCUAGGACCCAGAGGCCAGCAGUCCAGCCAUCCUUCUGUCAUUGAUAUCUCGGAUGAUGACGAGCCAGUUGGUCCCCCUUCUUCGCCACCUGCUGCUGCUGCAUCCGCUGAUCUCGACGAGGAAAUGGAAAUGGAAAUGGAAGAGUCUGUCCCACAAGCUUUGGGCGAAGACCUUGUACAACGAACACACUCACCAUCAGCGAGCGACAAGCUUUCAGAUGCUGUCUCUCUACGCUCUCCGGUAGUUCAAGUGAAGGAAACUCCAUACGCCAAAAGCAAGAAUGCCUCGGUACACAAGAAAGCACAGAACUCAAGCGGCGACUCGAAACCCACAUCAUCUACCUCAAUAGUCCACAGUACAUACGAUACGCCUAGUCUUUCUGAUCUCGCUGACCUUGGAAACGUUGAAACUGCCAAGGAACAUCUGUUAGAUACACAUGAGCAAGAUAUAAGCGCCGAGCACAGGGAAGUUGAAGUACACCAUGACAAGGCCAACAAUGCGAACACAGACGGUAUCGGAGAUAUAGAGAUGCCCGACCACGUUCCAGACACAGAAACCGCUCGUGGUAUCAUAGUUACACAACGGCCACCGAACGAUCUAGAUAGCGGGGGUAUGCCCACAUCUACAUCGCGUGCAACGCCAAAUUCUGCGCAGUUACCUCCGAAGAAUGGUGACUCAGAAGCAUCACCGACGGUACCCCAUCUCGCCUCACAAUCUACCAAACGUAAGCUUGUCGCUUCGCCGACCAAGAACAACCGACGGCAGUCCAAAAGGCGAGAAAUCAAGAUUGUCGGCUUUGGAAACGACGCUCCAUCCGACGUCGACCUGAUAGGCACACUGCGUAAAGAUCGAGAGGAGUCCUUGCGCAGAUAUCGGGCGCAACGCAACUCAAGCACAACAAGCUUUGAGAGUCGACAUGAGCCUACAAGCAAGCUUACCGCUGAGCAAUGUUCGGACGCUAUGAAUCUUGACGGUGUUGAUGUAAUAACGAAAAAAGAGCUAUCGCCUAGCAUGUCUCCUCGACAUCAAGGUCUAUACGACGAACCCAGUCCCAGAAGAGCACAGCCCGCUACAAGCCCAGCAUCUCAACCACCAAAAACACACAAUCCGUCCAAGGCUCAUUCGCGUGAUACUCAGACACGUGGUCCGGUUCCGAUACCUGUCCAAUCAUCAUUAAUAUCGUCCGAGAAGGUAGAUCAAGAUAGCAACAUGACCGUCUUUCAGUCUUUCAAAGCCGCGUAUCCAGAGUACAAUGGCAAUGAGAGGCAUUUUGAAAAUCAAUGCAACCAGAUGUAUCAGCUGGAACAAGAAGACAAGAUGGUACCGAAAUGGCAGUGGGACGACUUCAUCAUCCGCAACAGGACAGACUACAGCCAGUAUGCCAUGGACUGUAUCGAUCAAGGAGAAGACCCUGAGCCAUACUAUCGCUUCUACAAAGACAACAUCCGCGAUACAUUAUAUACGCUGGGCAUUAUUCAGAACACAAAGACACUGCAAAGAGCACUGGAGGAGCUUGGUGGCGCAAAGACCAACACACCUAGACAACCACCGCAGCCUCUCCAGAAGCCAAAGCAUGCAAGGAAGUCUCUCCCAGGCGCCUUCGGCCAGCCAAAGAAACGUACACAUGAACGUAUCAUCAGCACUUCGUCUCGCCCACGCCACUCUCUCCCCACAAACCCACGCAUGCGCAAUGAAAGCUUUCUCCGACCCACCUCAUCCGCUUCCUCGUCGCGACCCGAACCACGGCAUUCAAACCCCAUCACGCGUGUCUCAUCCGCCUCCCGGAUUGCCCACCAAACUCGCACUCACCUUUCCCCAUCUGACGCUACCAACUCGAGCGCCGAUACAGCCGACAUAUUCAAUGAUCAAGGCAGCACCCGCGACAAAUACCGCGACUUCUACUUCGGUUUUCAACGCACCACAUCCUGGACCGGUAGUACUGAUGUGAGUUCCACGCCCACAAGAGGUGACCAAAGUCCAAAUAAGUCGUUUGAAAAGGAGUUAAGCUAA